AUGGGCUCCCAAACCAGCACCACAAGGCAGCACGCCUUCAGCGACACUUACCGCAGCGGAAUUCCCGGUGCGUCGGGUGUACGUACACCCCACCCAAACCCUAAACCCUACCCAAACCCUAAACCCUCGCCAAACCCUAAACCCUCGCCAAACCCUAAACCCUCGCCAAACCCUAAACCCUCGCGCCUAAGCCGGGCUUCUGUUCCCCCGCGCCGCAGCGCUGCGGUCUUCCUCGCGCGCUGCUGCUGCAUCUGCUGCGCUGCUGCUGCUGCCGCUGCUGCGCCGCCACCUGUUGCUGCUGCUGCUGCUGCUGCGCCUCCACCUGCUGCUGCUGCUGCUGCUGCUUCUGCUUCUGCUCGUGCUGCUUUCCUGCUGCUGCUGCGCGUCGUCCUGCUGCUGCUACUGUGCUGCUGCUGCUGGUGCUGCGCCGCCACCUGCUGCUGCUGCUGCUGCUCCUCCUCCUCCUCCCGUGCUGCUGUUGCGCCUGCACGUGCUGCUGCUGCUGCCGCUGCUGCUGCUGCUGCGCUGCUGCUGCUGCUGCCGUUUCUGCUGCUGCUGCCGCAGCUCCGCCGCUGCGCGCGCGCCUCCAGCUGCUGCUGCUGCUGCUGCUGCUGCUGCUGCUGCUGCUGCUCAGGAAUAGGCCCGCUGCAGACUGGAGAAGCAGCAGCAGAAGAGCUUUCUUUGACUUAUGGGCCCUCCACUCAUGGGGGCCCCCUGGGGGCCUCUUUUGCUGCUUCUCCCCGCGGGGAGCUGCAGCAGCUUUAUGGCCGGGGGCCCCCCGACCCGAAGCACUCUUCGGAAGACGAGGACCUCAUCCCCUGCGUCUUCACGUGA